AUUCCUACACAACCACAAUCAAAACCUUGCUAAAGAACACCAUAGCUACCAAUAACAAUGGGUAAAUUGUUAGAAUUUCUUCUUCAUCCAGAUGAAUUGAAGGCUGUCAUUCAGUUAUUGAAGUUCAGACAACCAUUACAUCCUCAUGAUUUAACCAAGGAAUCUCCAGAAUUACAAAGAUGUUAUUACCUCUUGACCAAAACGUCUCGGUCAUUUGCUGCUGUAAUUGAAGAAUUACACCCAGAACUAAGAGACGCCAUUAUGAUUUUCUACUUGGUCUUGAGAGCUUUGGACACAAUUGAAGACGACAUGUCUAUCAAAUCAGAAAUUAAGGUUCCUUUAUUGAGAACGUUUGAUGAGAAGUUGAAUACCAAAGAUUGGACAUUUGACGGUAAUGGGCCAAACGAAAAAGAUAGACUUGUCCUCGUUGAAUUCGACAAGAUUUUAAGCAUAUACCAUGGGUUAAAACCACAAUAUCAAGACGUGGUUAAGGAUAUUACUUACAAAAUGGGUAACGGUAUGGCUGAUUAUAUCUUGGAUGAGAACUUCAACUUGAAUGGAGUGGAAACCGUCAAGGACUAUGACUUGUAUUGUCAUUAUGUCGCUGGGUUAGUCGGUGAAGGAUUGACUAAAUUAACCGUUAUGGCUGGAUUUUCCGAUGAUCUGUUGGCACAAGACAAUUUUGAAAAAUCAAACUCAAUGGGAUUAUUCUUACAAAAGACAAAUAUUAUCAGAGAUUAUCAUGAGGAUUUACUUGAUGGUAGAUCCUUCUGGCCUAAGGAAAUUUGGUCAAAGUAUACUAAAGAAUUGCCUUUAUUUCACAAGGAUGCAAGUUUUGAACAAGCUGGGUUAAGUUGUAUUAAUGAAUUAGUGUUGAACGCAUUAAGUCAUGCUAAAGAUUGUCUCUCGUACUUGUCUAUGGUUAAGGAUCCUUCUACUUUUAGUUUCUGUGCUAUACCUCAAGUUAUGGCUAUUGCUACCUUGGCUGAAGUAUACAACAACCGUAAGGUGUUACAUGGUGUGGUUAAGAUUAGAAAGGGAACUACAUGUAAGUUGAUUUUGGAAAGUAGAACAUUCCCAGGUGUUGUCGCUAUUUUCAGAAGAUAUAUUCAAGUUAUAAACCACAAAUCGUCGGUUUCAGAUCCAAACUAUUUGAAGAUUGGUAUAAAAUGUGGUGAAAUUGAACAAUUUUGUGAAGUCAUGUACCCAUCGGUUGAACCACCAAAGGGAAGUAAAAUUGCUGCUAAUCCUAUUCAUGACGUAUUGAAAUCAAGACAAGCCAUUGAUGACGAUAUGCAAAUGAGAAUUAUUAAGGAGACUAUCUUAACCAAUAGUGUUUUGGUGGUUAUUGCUGUUUUGGCUAUUAGUUCAGUCGCUUACUUGUUCUUAUAGUGUUUGUGUGUGUAUAGAAAUCGAAUUUACCGCUAAAAAUUUACUACUGAAACACCAGGCGAUAUUGUGUUACUUACUGUAUAAAGUGGUGUGCAAGUGUGG